CGGAAGCGUAGAGUUUUGGUUCAGGAGUGUUGUUUGGGUGCUACUGAACGAGAGCAGGCAGUGAAUUCAGGUGAUAUCAACGCAAGCCGGCGAGACCCCUAUCAUUGCACAUCGUAUUUUACUUUUGGGGGCGUUUUGGGGACUUUUAAUACAAUACAACAUCCAUUCCUCUUCGUGUCCCCUUCCCCUUUCCUGUUCUCCGGACAUUUGAAACAUAGAAAGCCUCAAGAAUGGCCCAGAUACUGCCGAUACGAUUUCAGGAACAUCUGCAGCUGCAGAACCUGGGGGUGAACCCGGCUAACAUUGGUUUCAGCUACCUGACCAUGGAGUCUGACAAGUUCAUCUGCAUCCGGGAGAAGGUGGGCGAGCAGAACCAGGUGGUGAUCAUAGACAUGGCCGACCCCAAUAACCCCAGCAGACGUCCCAUCUCUGCUGACAGUGCCAUCAUGAACCCUGCCAGCAAGGUCAUCGCCCUCAAAGCUGCUAAGUGCCUGCAGAUCUUCAACAUUGAGAUGAAGAGUAAGAUGAAGGCUCACACCAUGACCGAGGAAGUCAUGUUCUGGAAGUGGAUCUCUGUCAACACCGUCGCCUUGGUGACUGAAGCGGCCGUCUACCAUUGGAGCAUGGAGGGGGACUCGCAGCCCAUCAAAGUGUUUGAUCGGCACGCUAGUCUGGCCGGAUGCCAGAUCAUAAACUACAGAACAGACGAACAGCAGAAGUGGCUCCUCCUUAUAGGGAUCUCGGCACAGCAAAACCGCGUGGUGGGGGCCAUGCAGCUGUACUCUGUGGACAGGAAGGUGUCCCAGCCCAUCGAAGGCCACGCUGCAGCCUUCGGAGAGUUUAAGGUGGAGGGCAACACGAAAGCCUCCACUCUGUUCUGCUUCGCUGUGCGCAGCCAGGCUGGGGGCAAGCUGCACAUCAUAGAGGUGGGUCAGCCGGCUACAGGGAACCAGCCGUUUACUAAGAAGGCGGUUGACGUGUUCUUCCCUCCUGAGGCUCAGACAGACUUCCCCGUCGCCAUGCAGAUUGGCACCAAGCACGGUGUGAUCUACCUGAUCACUAAGUAUGGCUACAUCCACCUGUAUGACCUGGAGUCAGGAGUGUGUAUCUACAUGAACCGCAUCAGCGCCGAGACCAUCUUCGUCACCGCCCCCCACGAACUCACCUCCGGCAUCAUCGGGGUUAACAAGAAGGGACAGGUGUUGUCAGUGUGUGUGGAGGAGGAAAACAUAGUGAACUAUGCCACCAACGUGCUGCAGAACCCAGACCUGGGCCUGAGGAUGGCCGUGCGUUCUAACCUGGCCGGGGCUGAGGAGCUGUUUGCCAGGAAGUUCAACACACUGUUCGCCCAGGGCUCCUACUCCGAGGCUGCCAAGGUGGCCGCAUCCACACCCAAGGGUAUCCUGCGCACAGCGGAGACCAUCCGUAAGUUCCAGAGCGUGCCAGCCCAGCCGGGCCAGGCCUCUCCCCUGCUGCAGUACUUUGGCAUCCUGCUGGACCAGGGCCAGCUCAACAAGUUUGAGUCUCUGGAGCUGUGCAGGCCCGUGCUACAGCAAGGACGCAAGCAGCUGUUGGAGAAGUGGCUGAAAGAGGACAAGCUGGAGUGUUGUGAGGAGCUUGGUGACCUGGUUAAGGCAGUAGAUCCUACGCUAGCCCUCAGUGUCUACCUCAGGGCCAACGUACCCAGCAAGGUGAUCCAGUGCUUUGCUGAGACCGGACAGUUCCAGAAGAUAGUGCUCUACGCCAAAAAGGUGGGCUACUCUCCAGACUGGGUGUUUCUGUUGAGGAAUGUGAUGCGGGUCAGCCCAGACCAGGGUCUACAGUUCUCUCAGAUGCUGGUGGCAGAUGAGGAGCCCCUGGCCAACAUCAACCAGAUAGUGGAUGUAUUCAUGGAGGGAAGUCUGAUCCAGCAGUGUACCUCCUUCCUAUUGGACGCUCUGAAGAACAACCAGCCAGCCGAGGGACACCUACAGACACGCCUACUGGAGAUGAACCUCAUCCACGCCCCCCAGGUCGCCGACGCGAUCCUUGGCAACCAGAUGUUUAGUCACUAUGACCGUGCCCACAUCGCCCAGCUGUGUGAGAAGGCUGGACUGCUACAGAGGGCUCUAGAGCACUACACUGACCUGUUUGACAUCAAACGGGCUGUCGUACACACACACCUGCUCAACCCUGAGUGGCUGGUGAACUUCUUUGGCGCCCUGUCAGUAGAGGACUCAAUAGAGUGUCUUCGGGCCAUGUUAUCAGCCAACAUCAGACAGAACCUUCAGCUGUGUGUCCAGGUGGCAUCUAAAUACCAUGAGCAGCUGGGAACAAACACCCUGGUGGAGCUCUUUGAGUCCUUCAAGAGCUACGAGGGUCUGUUCUACUUCCUGGGCUCCAUAGUGAACUUCAGCCAGGACCCUGACGUCCAUUUUAAAUACAUCCAGGCGGCCUGUAAGACAGGGCAGAUCAAGGAAGUGGAGCGCAUCUGUAGAGAGAGCAACUGUUACGACCCGGACAGGGUCAAGAACUUCCUCAAGGAGGCUAAAUUGACAGACCAGCUGCCGUUGAUCAUAGUGUGUGACCGCUUUGACUUUGUCCAUGACCUGGUGCUCUAUCUCUACCGCAACACACUGCAGAAGUACAUAGAGAUCUACGUUCAGAAGGUGAACCCCAGCCGUCUGCCUGUGGUGAUAGGAGGUCUGUUGGAUGUAGACUGUGCUGAAGACGUCAUUAAGAACCUGAUCAUGGUGGUGAGAGGACAGUUCUCCACUGAUGAGCUGGUGGCAGAGGUGGAGAAGAGGAACAGACUGAAGCUGUUGUUGCCGUGGCUUGAGUCUCGUAUCCACGAGGGCUGUGAAGAGCCGGCUACCCACAAUGCCUUGGCUAAGAUCUACAUUGACAGUAACAACACCCCGGAGCGCUUCUUGAAGGAGAACACCUUCUACGACAGCGCUGUAGUGGGGAAGUAUUGUGAGAAGAGAGACCCCCACCUAGCCUGUGUCGCCUAUGAGAGGGGCCAGUGUGACCUGGACCUUAUCAAGGUGUGCAAUGAGAACUCCCUGUUCAAGAGUGAGGCUCGCUACCUGGUCCGACGGAAAGACCCAGAACUAUGGGCCAACGUUCUAGAGGAGAACAACCCUUAUAGACGCCAACUCAUAGACCAGGUGGUGCAGACCGCUCUGUCAGAGACCCAGGACCCAGAGGAGGUGUCUGUGACGGUCAAGGCCUUCAUGACAGCUGACCUGCCCAAUGAGCUCAUCGAACUACUGGAGAAGAUCGUACUGGACAACUCUAUCUUCAGCGAGCAUCGAAACCUCCAGAACCUGUUGAUCCUGACGGCCAUCAAGGCAGACCGGACGCGUGUGAUGGAGUACAUCAACCGCCUGGACAACUACGACGCCCCUGACAUCGCUAACAUCGCCAUCAGCAACGAGCUCUUCGAGGAGGCCUUCGCCAUCUUCAAGAAGUUUGACGUCAACACCUCCGCCAUUCAGGUCCUGAUCGAGCAAAUCAGUAACCUGGACAGAGCCUAUGAGUUUGCAGAGCGUUGUAAUGAGGCCGCGGUAUGGAGUCAACUGGCCAGAGCCCAGCUCCAGAGAGACCUGGUUAAAGAGGCCAUCGAUUCCUACAUCAAAGCUGACGACCCGUCAGCCUACAUGGAGGUGGUCAGCGCUGCCAGCAAGAACAAUAACUGGGAGGACCUGGUGAAGUUCCUUCAGAUGGCUCGUAAGAAGGCCAGAGAGUCGUACGUAGAGACAGAGCUCAUCUUUGCUCUGGCUAAAACUGGCAGACUGGCCGAACUAGAGGAAUUUGUCAGCGGCCCUAACAACGCCCAUAUACAACAGGUGGGAGAUAGGUGUUAUGAAGAAGGGAUGUACGAUGCUGCCAAGCUGCUGUACAAUAACGUGUCCAACUUUGCCCGCCUGGCAUCCACGCUGGUACACCUAGGAGAGUACCAAGCUGCUGUGGACAGCGCCAGGAAAGCCAACAGCACACGCACCUGGAAGGAGGUGUGUUGUGCGUGUGUGGAUGGGGAAGAGUUUCGAUUGGCUCAGAUCUGUGGUCUACACAUUGUUAUCCACGCUGAUGAACUGGAGGAGCUCAUCAGCUACUACCAGGACCGGGGUUACUACGAGGAGCUGAUAGGCCUGUUGGAGGCCGCGUUAGGUUUGGAGCGCGCUCACAUGGGCAUGUUCACAGAGCUGGCCAUCCUCUACUCCAAAUUCAAACCCCAGAAGAUGAGAGAACACCUGGAACUCUUCUGGUCCCGCGUCAACAUCCCUAAGGUGCUGCGAGCUGCGGAGCAGUCCCAUCUGUGGGCGGAGUUAGUGUUUCUGUAUGAUAAAUACGAGGAAUAUGACAACGCUGUCCUCACGAUGAUGUCACACCCUACGGACGCAUGGAAGGAGGUGCAGUUCAAGGACAUCAUUGCCAAGGUGGCCAAUGUGGAGCUGUACUACAAAUCCCUUUCCUUUUACCUGGACAACAAACCUCUGCUGACGAAUGACCUUCUGACCAUACUGUCACCACGGUUAGACCACAGCCGCACGGUCAGCUACUUCACCAAGGUCAACCAGUUGAAGUUGGUAAAGCCUUACCUGAGGUCAGUUCAGAGUCACAACAACAAGGGAGUCAACGAGGCCCUCAAUAACCUGCUGACAGAGGAGGAGGACUACCAGGGUCUGAGGGCGUCUAUCGAUGCGUAUGAUAACUUUGACACCAUUGGUUUGGCCCAGAGACUGGAGAAGCAUGAGCUGAUUGAGUUCAGACGCAUCGCAGCAUACCUCUACAAAGGCAACAACCGCUGGAGACAGAGCGUGGAACUCUGCAAGAAGGACAAAUUAUACAAGGAUGCAAUGCUGUACGCUGCUGAGUCUAAGGAUGCUGAGCUGGCUGAGACCCUGCUGCAGUGGUUCCUGGAGGAGGGCAGGAAGGAGUGUUUUGCUGCCUGUCUGUUUGCCUCCUAUGACCUGUUGCACCCUGACGUGGUGCUGGAGCUGGCCUGGAGACACAACAUCAUGGACUUUGCCAUGCCAUACUUCAUCCAAGUCAUGAGGGAGUACCUCACCAAGGUUGAUGAGGUUGAGGAGAAGGUGACGGUGGACAAACUGGAGGAGUCAGAAAGCCAAAGGAAGACUGAGGAAGAAGUCACAGAACCCACCCCCAUAGUUUUCGGUCAGCAGCUGAUGUUGACGGCAGGCUCUGCUCCAGUGGCUCCCCAGCCUGGAUACUCAGGAGGCUACGGAUACGCUGCCCCAGGCUACUCCCCCCAGCCCCCCUACAACUACAACAUGUAGACCACCUCUACCCCACCCAGCCCCCCUACAACUACAACAUGUAGACCACCUCUACCCCACCCAGCCUCCCUACAACUACAACAUGUAGACCACCUCUACCCCACCCAGCCCCCCUACAGCUACAACAUGUAGACCACCUCUACCCCACCCAGCCCCCCUACAGCUACAACAUGUAGACCACCUCUACCCCACCCAGCCCCCCUACAACUACAACAUGUAGACCACCUCUACCCCACCCAGCCUCCCUACAGCUACAACAUGUAGACCACCUCUACCCCACCCAGCCCCCUACAACUACAACAUGUAGACCACCUCUACCCCACCCAGCCUCCCUACAGCUACAACAUGUAGACCACCUCUACCCCACCCAGCCUCCCUACAACUACAACAUGUAGACCACCUCUACCCCACCCAGCCCCCCUACAACUACAACAUGUAGACCACCUCUACCCCACCCAGCCUCCCUACAACUACAACAUGUAGACCACCUCUACCCCACCCAGCCUCCCUACAACUACAACAUGUAGACCACCUCUACCCCACCCAGCCUCCACAGCUACAACAUGUAGACCACCUCUACCCCACCCAGCCCCCAAACUACAACAUGUAGACCACCUCUACCCCACCCAGCCCCCUACAACUACAACAUGUAGACCACCUCUACCCCACCCAGCCUCCCUACAACUACAACAUGUAGACCACCUCUACCCCACCCAGCCCCCCUACAACUACAACAUGUAGACCACCUCUACCCACCCAGCCCCCCUAGGGCUACACUAAGACUGUGUCCCAAAUGUUACCCUAUUCCCAGUAUAGUGAACUACUUUUGACCAGGGUCCAUAUGACUCUGGUCUAAAGUAGUGCAGUAUAUAUAUAUAUAUAGGCUAUAUGGUGUCCAUUGGGACGCAGAUCAUGUAGACCUUAAGGUCCCAAUAAUUCUACCUGGAGCUUCUAACACGCCAACCUCGGGCCCCGACCUGAACCACACUUACCCUGCACUGGGAUACAGAUACAGCUUGCUUAUGGAUUCUAUAUGUAUUCCCUGCCUUGACACCCCUGAUACUCCUAAUCUCACUACUCUGAGACAUACCUCGCCCACCUAUGGACACUCCUAACCCCCACACCCAAAUAUCUCAACUGAAAAGACCUCCACUUUCCUUCCACCUCCUCUCGCUCCUUACCUCCUCUCACUCCCACUUCCUCUUGCUCCCCCUCUCCCUCCAAUGGAAUAGAGCAAGACUAAGUGACCCCUCUACUUAGGCUGAACUGACCAGCCCACCCGCCAUUCACCACGCACCGCAUGACAACAGCGCUUAGCUCCUAGAGAAAAUAACUAAUAAGACGUCGCUAAUGUACAGUACACCUCUCUGUCCAGGUAUUCUGUUACUGUUCUAUAGACUGUAUCAACUGUGUCAACCAUAGAACAGAUUUUUUUAAAUCCUAUUUUUUUUUCUAGAGAUUAUAAUACAGCACUGAUGGUACAGAGACUUUGUUACUGAGGAGUCAGAGAGGGGGCGGGUGAAGGGGGCGCAGCACCGAGUGCCCCCACCCUCUCCUAAGCACUGUUAGGCCUUAUACAGGAGGGGGUUUCAAAUUUGAGUCAUUGUUCACGUUUGUUUCAAGACUGUUUCUGUGCAAUAGAGAUCUUAACAGGUACCAUGUGUUGGAGAUACAGUACUAUAUUGACUAGGAAUACUAGUUACUGGGGUUAUGGUGUACUGUCUGUGUGUAGUUUAUCAAGCAUGUAGGGAUCUGUUGACAACACCAAGACUGGGAAGGUUUGCGCUGUUCCUUCUCUUCUCUGGAGUCGUAUUAUCUGAUAAUAACCAAGUCAAGAUGGACGUUGGGUCUCUCCACUACACUGUGAUGUGCGGUACAGGAUACCACAGCUCUGGUUGUUGACGAUGUGAAACAUAACUGCGAUAUGCUGAUGUCUGUGCAUGUGCUGCCAAACAUAUAAUGCUGUAACAAUGCAACCAGGAGCACAAUUUCCAUGUUACACAUAUACCAAGUAUUACCUAUGUUGUGUUCAAAACUAAACAAAUGUAUUUUGAAGCCUUUUACUGUCUCACCAUUGACGACAACUAACAGAAUGGUGAAGAAACUCCAAUGUUACACAGAGAAUAAAAACAUACUAGAGGAAUAGAACUCGUAUGUAUCCCUGUACCAGUGGUUCAGAGUUAACAAUUCAUGUACUGAAAAAAAACUGUAUAAUUUAAGAUAUGUUGCGAUACUUAAAUAAUCAAAUAAGUCCAUUAUGGAAUAAAAUAGUGUAUUGUCUAUAGUGCAUUGUUGUAGUCUUAAGCAUUAGUAUGAUACUUUUUUUUAAAGAAAAUGACAAAAUACAAAAAGAGCAGAAUACAAACAUAAACUAUUCAGCAUGAUUGCUUGCAGCAGCCAUCAUCCUGGGGUUCGUUUUCUUCCUGUUCAAGUAGAACCUGUCUGAUAAAUGUUCUGGAAAACUAUCACUAGGGUUUAUGGGUAAAUCUGGCCUCGUGCAUCCGGACAGACGGCCAUGUCCACUGUUGUCCAUUGGACCCAGAGCUGUGCCGCGACAUUGUAAAAACGUUGGAUUGGGGUUUUGUAGGAAAACUAAAUCUAAGCUGUGUACAAGCACUACCGUAUCUGCACAAGUCAUGGUCUCUGAAGGAUAAUAAAGUUUACACACACAUUA